AGUCAUUCUGGACAAGGACGGUGUGUGGACUGUGUUUCUCCUCGUCAUCCGCUGUCGUGGAUGCUUCCACGCUCAUGUUUUGGUGACUUUAACACCGGGAGCAGGCUAUGUGCAGCUGCCUUGAGUUUCUCUUCGAACAAAGCACACUGUUUCCGCCUGCUGGGCCUGUCAUCGCUUGGAACAUAGAAAUCUUUUCUUUGAGCUGGCAUACUCUCGGCAGAAGGAUCUGCAAGCCAUUAUGGACUCCUGCCUGUCCGACAGCGACGUGGAUAUGGAUGCUCUCUGGAUCCACCAAGAACGGGGCGAAUCAUAUCCGGGCCUUUUUCAGGAUUUCCGAGGUCUCGCAGCUCACGCUCUCGGAGCUCAGUCAAUCCUGGUGGGGUAUCGCUAGGAAGCUAACGAAACAGCUGUACCUCAUUGCUAAAGAACACACGAUCAUUCUUAUAUUUGGAGGCGUUAAAUACCCAGGAGUUGCAUGGAAAGUGAAGGGCGGUGGCAUCAGGGAUGCCGAACGACGUGUGGAGCUGGAAUAUAAUCUCGUAUUGGACGUCGUCAGGUACGAAACCAUCCUUGGAUAG